GACGGGCCAAAAACAUCAACAAGGUUCAAUAAAUUUAGGAUACACCGAACCCACCCCCAUGAGCACAUCCCUUGCAACCAAUUAAUUUGCAGUACCCGGUACCACCAUUGACGAAGCGGGAGACGAGGAGCUCAAAACUCCACAAAAAAACAAACCAAAUAAAUAAAUCCCGACCACCGUACGUAAAUAUUCUUCCGUCCACACACAAAAAAAAUCCGGAGCCAUUAAUUUCUAGUACUCCCACUUUCUGAAUAAUGAUACCGCCCACCAUAUCCUUCAAUCUCGCCAUCUCCAAUCCAAUAACACAAAUCCCGGUCAAAGACGUCAUCCCUGGCAUUCACUCAAUGCAGCCAAGUCUCCAACCCCUCGACUAAGUAGAAAAAAAAACUGAAACCCGGAUUCCGCUAUUCUCUCCCCCGUCUCCAUUCCUUGCUCUUGGACGUAUCCAUAGAAGAUUCAGAAGGGAAGCGGAAGAAAAAAAAAGAAAAGGAAAGAAGAAGAGAACUUUGAUGGGUUCCGUUCCCUUCUCCAUAUCAUCCCCACCACCACCUCCUCCUCCUCCUCCUCCUCCAUCCGAAGAACCGGAUGAAGACCGCACAAACCCCACCACCGCUCUCCUCUUCAAUCCCUCGUCCACCUUCUCUUCUCGUAGAUCUCCAACUGCCCCCCUCUUCUCCUUUUUGGUUCUCGUCACCUGCCUCGCCGUCGCCACGGCCUUCGCAUUCGCCUUCCUCUUCUUUACCUCCUCCUCCUCGUCCGCCUCUGCCCGCCAUUCUUCCAUCUCCGAUCCAAAAAUCCCAACUUCGUCUCGCCAACCAACCGUCGCCCGCCCCCUCGCCAAGCUCGCACGCCCCGUCGUCAUUCUCAUUUCCUCCGAUGGAUUCCGCUUCGGCUACCAGUUCAAGACCGCCACCCCCAACAUCCACCGCCUGAUCGCCAAUGGAACAGAGGCCGCGACGGGUCUGAUCCCCGUCUUCCCGACGUUGACUUUCCCCAAUCACUACUCCAUCGUCACCGGGCUCUACCCGCCGUACCACGGCAUCAUCAACAACUACUUCGUCGAUCCGGUGUCGGGGGAUGUCUUCUCCAUGAACAGCCACGAGCCCAAGUGGUGGCUCGGGGAGCCGCUCUGGGAGACCGUCGUCAACCAGGGGUUCAACGCCGCCACCUACUUCUGGCCCGGUUCCGAGGUAAAGAAAGGAUCUUGGACGUGCCUUCCUAAGUUCUGCCAGAAAUAUGAUGGCUCGGUGCCGUUUGAGCGGCGGGUGGACACCGUCUUGAGCUAUUUUGAUCUCCCCAGCAGUGAGAUCCCUGUUUUCAUCACACUAUACUUUGAGGACCCGGAUCAUCAGGGCCAUGAGGUCGGUCCCGAUGACCCGGAGAUCACCGUUGCAGUAGCUCGGAUCGAUCAAAUGAUCGGGAGAUUGAUCGCAGGGCUCGAAAAGAGAGGAAUUUUCGAGGAUGUCACGAUCAUUUUGUUGGGGGAUCAUGGAAUGGUGGGUAAUUGUGAUCAAAAGCUGAUUUUUCUCGAUGAUUUGUCUCCAUGGAUUCAUAUUCCCCGUGGUUGGAUCCAGUCCACCACUCCAGUGCUCGCAAUUCGACCUCCUCCUGAUGUUUCUCCAUCAGAUGUCGUAGCCAAAAUGAAUGCAGGAUUGAGCUCGGGGAAGGUCGAGCAUGGAAAUUAUCUGAAGAUGUUCCUCAAACAGGAUUUGCCCACUCGGCUUCACUAUUCGGCGAGUUACAGGAUUCCACCGAUCAUUGGGCUGGUGGAAGAAGGGUAUAAGAUAGAACUGAAGAGGUCGAAGAGGAACGAGUGCGGUGGAAGCCAUGGUUAUGACAAUGCUUUCUUUUCGAUGAGGACCAUCUUUAUAUCCCAUGGACCUCAGUUUGAGAGGGGCAGGAAAGUGCCAUCUUUUGAAAAUGUUGAAAUAUACAAUGUGAUUGUUUCCAUUCUUAAGUUGAAGGGAGCUCCAAACAAUGGAUCGGCUUCAUUUCCAAGUACCAUUCUUCUAUAAAGUGCAUGAGGUGAUGUUCAAGGGCAGACUGGAUGAGAAUGUUCAUGCUAUGGUAACUGUAGAGUGUCUUGAAUUAUUUUGACAAUUCAACUUCAUUGAUAGGACUGCCAGCAUUUCUUUGGCCAUUUAUUUUGAUGACCUUAUUUCUUCCACUCUCUGGCUCAGAGCAUCCCAAUAAGGGUUGGUCCACCAUGUUGGCAUUGGGCUCUGUUCUUCCUGAUCUUGGUCUUCUCUCAUGGUUUACAGAAAUUUGAUGUGUACUUGCAGAAUGGUUCAUGAAAUUCAUGGUUUACAGAAUA